AUGUGGUCAAAGCUUUUGCUGAUUUUACCAAAGAUUUUGCAUCAAGUCUUGCAAUACCUCUCAUUCUUUCAUUAAUUCAUCCAGAAAUCCAUGCCCAGGCUAUCACUUUACCACUUAGAUUUGGGUGGAAUCCAAUUUCGAAACAUAUGAUUACUUUAAAGAAACAUUUGAAACCUGUAUUAGAGAAAAGAUUGAAAGAUAAAGAAAUUCUUAGUGAUAAAUAUGAACCACCUCUGGAUAUAAUUGAAUAUCUUUUGAAUAAUCUUGAAUAUGAAACAAAAGUUAUUACUGAUGAUUACUUGAAUAAAAUCU